AUGUUAAAUAAUUGGAUCUGGGAGUCCAUAAAAAGAUUUGUUAAUAAAUGCAACUCCAAGUUGUCUCCCGCUCUACCAACUGAGCUAUUGCCGUUAAGGUUGAUCCAAGCCCCAUUCGACUUUCCACGCCACGUUCCCUUCAAAGUUUAG